UGAUGUAGGAGGAGCUGCAACACAAUGGCUGACUUUAAAUAAAACCAAUACUCAGAAAACUGCUUAAUCCGAUCAAUCCCAGGUGUAGUAGAUUUGGCCACUGUGUAUGGGAGAAUUAUGGGUAGUCCCUGGAAAGGUUUUGUCGAGUUUACCUUGCCGGCGUCGCCACCUGCAGCGUUCGUUAGCGCUGACCUGCACAGCACCUCGCCCGUCGGGCUCAGCCUGUCACCCUACGGCCGAUCUAUGAGUUUUGACCCCAGUCUGCUGCAUAAUAAUGGCCAUGGUGGCUUUGCCAAUGGAACGAGCCUGGGAGUUCGUGAGACGGGAGUGGUUGAAAAACUGCUAGCAUCAUACGGUUUCAUUCAGUGCUCUGAGAGACAGGCCCGCCUCUUCUUCCACUGCUCUCAGUACAACGGCAACCUGCAGGAGCUGAAGAUCGGAGACGAUGUGGAGUUUGAGGUGUCGUCUGAUAGACGCACUGGCAAACCAAUUGCGGUGAAGCUGGUAAAAAUCAAGGCAGAAAUGUUGCCAGAAGAGCGAAUUUCUGGGCAGGUGGGGCCUGACUUGCACGCCUCUCCUUUAACUGUGCUGCAUGGUUUUAUUCAUCCAGUAGUGUCAGCUAUCCCCUCUCACUUGGACGGGAAGUCCGCACCCGGCCAAGUGCCCACAGGCAGUGUGUGUUAUGAGAGGAACGGGGAAGUGUUUUAUUUGACCUACACCCCUGAGGAUAUCGAAGGAAACGUUAAUUUAGAUACUGGAGAUAAAGUCUGUUUUUACACGGAGACCAACAAGCAUACUGGUGCUGUUAGUGCUCACAACAUUGUAUUGGUAAAGAAGAAACAGUCAAGAUGUCAGGGAGUUGUUUGUGCUACCAAGGAGGCCUUUGGAUUCAUUGAACGAGGAGAUGUUGUGAAGGAGAUUUUCUUCCACUACAGUGAGUUUAAAGGAGAUCUGGAGGCUCUACAAGCUGGAGACGAUGUGGAAUUCACCAUUAAAGAAAGAAAUGGCAAGGAAGUGGCCACAGAUGUGAGACUGUUACUUCAGGGCACUGUUAUAUUUGAGGACAUCAGUAUUGAGACUUUCGAGGGAACUGUCGCCAAGGUUAUUCCCAAGGUCCCCACCAAGAAUCAGAACGACCCACUGCCUGGGCGAAUCAGUGCCAGAAUUAAUUUCACUGACAAAGAGCUGCUAUUCGGGGAGAAGGACACCAAGUCCAAAGUGACGCUGCUUGAGGGCGACCAUGUCCAGUUCAAUAUAUCCACCGACCGUCGGGACAAACUGGAGAGAGCGACAAAUAUCGACAUCCUCCCUGACACCUUCCAUUUCACAAAGGAGACCCGUGAAAUGGGUGUAAUAGCUGCCAUGCGUGAUGGUUUUGGCUUCAUCAAAUGUGUGGACCGUGAUGCCCGAAUGUUCUUUCAUUUCAGCGAGGUUCUGGAAGAGAGCCAACUGCACAUUUCUGAUGAAGUGGAAUUCACUGUUGUCCCUGACAUGCUGUCAGCCCAAAGGAACCAUGCAGUGCGGAUCAAAAAGCUGCCCAAGGGCACAGUGUCGUUCCACACUCAAUCUGAGCUGUGUUUUGUGGGGGUGGUGGAGAAAGAAGCUGUGCCUGCUACCACCAACAAGAACUCCAGCCCAAGCAAGGGCAAAGAGAAGGAUGCAGAGGAAGGCGAGAUUGCAUAUGAAGACAGUGGAGUGAAGAGCACUCUUCCCUACUAUAUUAAAGACCUGGAGGGAGGCGCUUACCCACAGCUUGGAGACAAGGUGGAGUUCUCCAUCAGUGAGGUGAAACGCACCGGACAGCAAAGCGCUGUGUCCCUCAGGAUCCUUAAUCGUGCUGUUGGCACCAAGAGGCUUCUGGGAUACAUAGCAACGCUGAAGGAUAACUUUGGCUUCAUAGAAACGGCCAAUCAUGAUCAGGAGAUUUUCUUCCACUACAGUGAGGUAUGUGGGGAUGUGGAUAACAUGGACCUGGGGGAUACAGUGGAGUACACUCUCUCCAAGGGCAAAGGAAACAAAAUCAGCGCUGAGAAGGUCACCAAAGUUGCAGCUGUGAAUGGAGUAGGAGAGGAUGUGAGUAAUACCAUGUUCCUGGGGAAAGUUGUUCGGCCCUUGCGCAGUGUGGACCCCUCUCAGACUGAUUAUCAAGGCCUUAUUGAGAUCACAGAGGAAGGAGCCAGUAAGGGUCAGAGUUAUCCGUUCGGCAUCGUUGGUAUGGCCAAUAAAGGUGACUGUCUGCAAAAGGGUGAGAUGGUGAAGUUUCAGUUGUGUACAGUGGCCCAGACAGGACAAAAGAUGGCCUGCAACAUUGUGCCUCAGCGUAGAGCCCUGGUGGAGUGCGUUAAAGAUCAGUUUGGUUUCAUCACAUACGAAGUUGGAGAGAGCAAGAAGCUGUUUUUCCAUGUCAAGGAGGUUCAGGAUGGUCUGGAGCUCCAGGCCGGUGAUGAAGUGGAGUUUUCAGUUAUCCUGAACCAACGCACAGGCAAAUGCAGUGCCUGCAAUGUUCGCAGAGUCAGUGAGGGUCCAAAACCAGUAGCAACACCUCGUCCUGACCGACUGGUCAAUCGCUUGAAGAGCAUCACUCUUGAUGACACCAACGCCCCCCGUCUUGUCAUUAUAAGACAGCCUCGUGGCCCAGACAAUUCAAAGGGCUUCAAUGUAGAGAGGAAAUCCCGCCAACCUGGUGUUACUGACUGAGUACUGUUCACCCCGGUCUUCUUCCUCCUCCUCGCUAUGGAAGAAACACCUUGAACAAAAGCAAUCAGACAGAGGGCAGAGGAAGGGAUUUGUGUGUGUCUGUCUCUUUCGCUCUCAUUUUAUCUCUCACCCAUAAACACAAUUCACAGAGUAACAAACAAAUCAAGACUUGAAAAUUAGCACACACAAUUCCCUUCGUGUCAGGAUCCCUUGCAAAAAAAAUUUCUCAUCUCAUUGUCUUCAUUGUAUGUGUGACAUUUUUGUGUGGUUGUAAUUUGAGCAAAACCCCUCGUGUUGUAUGAGCGUGUGCGUGUGGUAUGCAUCACGUUUGGAAAAAGUAAACUUGCAAGGUUAUGCAGAGGAGAUGAGGGGAAAGGGUUUUGUAGUUCUCACAUCUUUAGAUUGAGAUGUGGGCACUGUUUGACCUGUUUUUCGUUUCUGCUGAAAUUGAAAUGCCAGGAAUUCUGCACCUGCUGCUGUUUGAGUGAGUUCUUGUUUUAGAGUAGCUUUGCCUGUCUGUAUUUUGACUUCCUUUAUAUAUACUUUAUUCUUCCUGUAUCACUUGAAUUAUUCCCAUGUUGAGUUUUUCACCCAGGUGAAGUCGAGCUAUUGCUAGGCUCUUUCUGCUGAGAAAAAUAAUGACUUUGAGGUUCUUUUCACUCACAUUUUCCAUACCAAUUCCUUUGGUUUUAACAUGGAUCUGAAAACGUAAUAAAAUUUCUCUGCGCUCAGAACCUGCUUGUGUAUGGUUUUUGAUGUAUAAAUUACUAUUUUUGAUCAUUUUCA